CUCGGCCCGGCGGGGCGGCGCCGCUACACGCAGCCUUACGGCGGCGGCUCUCGGGCUUCCCCCGCACCGUCAGCUGAUGGGCGCCGGGCCGGUGCCGCGGCAACAUGGCAGCCGAGAUCCACUCGCGGCCGCAGAGCAGCCGGCCCAUCCUCCUCAGCAAGGUCGAGGGGCACCAGGAUGUGGUCAGCGCCGCGCUCCUCAUCCCCAAGGAGGACGGAGUCAUCACGGCCAGCGAGGACAGAACAAUACGAGUGUGGCUGAAGAGGGACAGUGGACAAUACUGGCCCAGCAUCUAUCACACCAUGUCAUCACCGUGUUCAGCCAUGGCAUAUCAUCAUGACAGCAGACGAAUAUUUGUAGGCCAGGAUAACGGAGCUAUCAUGGAGUUUCAUAUUUCAGAGGACUUUAAUAAGAUGAACUUUGUGAAGACCUAUCCAGCUCAUCAGAAUCGAGUGUCUGCUAUUACUUUCUGCCUGGCCUCAGAGUGGGUUAUCAGCACUGGUCAUGACAAGUGUAUCAGCUGGAUGUGCACCAGGAGUGGGAGUAUGCUUGGAAGACAUUAUUUCACCUCUUGGGCUUCGUGUCUACAAUACGACCACGAGAGCCGGCACGCCUUCGUUGGUGAUUAUUCUGGACAGAUCACUCUCCUGAAGCUCGAGCAGAACACGUGCUCAGUCAUCACCACGCUCAAAGGGCAUGAAGGAAGUAUUACUUCUCUGUGGUGGGAUCCUGUUCAACGCCUGCUCUUCUCAGGUGCCUCUGACCACAGCAUUAUCAUGUGGGACAUAGGUGGAAGGAAGGGGCGAACACUGCUGCUCCAGGGACAUCAUGACAAGGUGCAGGCUAUCUGUUACAUCCAGCUGACACGGCAGCUCGUAUCUUGUUCGGCUGAUGGGGGAAUUGCUGUUUGGAACAUGGAUAUCAGCCGAGAAGAGGCUCCUCAAUGGCUUGAAAGUGAUUCCUGUCAGAAGUGUGAACAACCUUUCUUCUGGAACAUAAAGCAAAUGUGGGACACAAAGACAUUAGGGUUGAGACAGCAUCACUGCAGAAAGUGUGGGCAAGCAGUGUGUGGCAAAUGCAGCACAAAACGGUCAAGUUACCCCAUCAUGGGAUUUGAGUUCCAGGUCCGUGUCUGUGAUUCCUGUUUUGAGUCCAUCAAGGAUGAAGACCGUACGUCCUUGGCAACCUUUCAUGAAGGCAAACACAACAUUUCACACAUGUCCAUGGAUAUCUCCAGAGGGCUGAUGGUGACCUGUGGGAGUGAUCGGAUUGUGAAGAUCUGGGACAUGACUCCAGUAGUUGGUUGCAGCCUUGCAACUGGCUUCUCUUCGCGCUGACCUCCUGCCUGGCAGGUUGAAGCACCUUAUGUACAGCAAUACGCACCGACGGAACGGAGUCCUCCUUACCAACCUUACUGCAAACACUGGUCGCUUGAUUCUUCUCCUGCUGCUGUUCCAGGAUGGACAGUCACCUCUGUAGAGCACGGCUUUUCUCUUGGGCUCACCAAGAGCCUCCUUGGUGCAGAAGCGUGGGUUUUGCAGCCUCUUGGACUAAUGUCAGAUGGCUUACCUGCAACACGACGCCUUGAUGGAAGGACCUGUUGUAUCUCAGUUUACAUAUUUAGUGUUAACAAUGUGCUGUCUCUGCUGAUAGAUCUUGUACAGACACCUCCUAGCCUAAACGUUACCCGAGUAAAAUGAGUGUAGUAAACCCAGUUUGUGCAACUAGUAGAAUAAAUCCUCUCUUCCAAAAAAUGGUUCUGUAGAAACACUUCUGAGCAGCCCCUGGCUCAA